ACAAGAAAAUAUUUUCAGGCAAUUUGAUUUUUUUUUAAAUAAUUUAUUCCGUAUUCUUACAACACAUACAAAACAUAGCUACCGAACCUUGCAAACCUCGCAGGGUUUAUCUAUGUUCGGUUCCUCCCUUCUUAGUUUGAUGGUGGUCGGACAGUACGCUUACAUUGCGUAUUUGCUUGUAAACAGCGUGACUUUGGAAGAAUUAAUUGGCAGUUACUUGCACAUUGCCGGGUAUGAUACGAUGAGCUUUGGAAAAUUAUUAACAAUUUGGUACAAGCAAAAUAAUUUUAGGCAAGUAGUCACUGAGCUGGCGGAUAUAUGGCCGGUCGCUGAAAAAGACCCAAAAGCGGCUGCCAUUAAGGACAAUAGCCUGACCUCAUUGCGCCGAAGGCAAGCAUUAUACCUGUUUUGGAACGUGUUGGGAGUAUGGUUAUAUAAUUUAACUCCAGUGGCCUUGCACCUUUACCGCUUGGCGCGCGGCAUAAAUUCGGACCUGGGUUACGUUUGGCAGAUUUAUUAUCCAUUUGACAAAACCAAACCUUUUGUCCAUGAAUUGGUAUAUAUUUUCGAAACAUUUGCAGGAGUAGCCUCGGUCUGCUGUAUGCUAGGUUCAGAUGUAUUCUUCAUAACGAUGGCUAAUCACAUCAGUCUGCUUCUGCGCUUGUUGCAAGAGAGGAUCCGCCAGUUGGGCAUGGCAGAAGUGGAUAUCAGUGGACGACCUAUCACCAAAUCGCAGGACUGCUAUGAUCAAAUUGUCGGCGUUAUUAAAAUUCAUCAACGUUUGAUUAGCUAUGCAAAGGAUUUAGAAGAUGCAUUUUCUGUGGUGAAUCUUAUAAACGUGUUACUCAGCUCUGUUAAUAUUUGCUGUGUCGUGUUCAGUAUUGUUUUCUUGGAACCGUGGAUGGAGAUGAGCAAUAAAUUCUUUUUGGGGGCAGCAAUGACUCAAAUGGGUAUUGUUUGUUGGUAUGCGGACGAUAUUUACAGGGCGAGCAUGGGCGUAUCCGACGCUGUGUACGAGAGCGGGUGGUACAACUGCAACACUAGAAGCAGACGAGCUUUGCUGGCAAUGCUUCAAAGGUCUCAGAAACCACUUUAUUUCACUGCUCUAAAAUUCAAAACUAUUACAAUGACUACGUACACAUCGAUCUUAACCACAUCAUAUUCGUAUUUCACUUUGCUGUAUACUUCCUAUAAAUAAAAAAAGGU